CCAUCAUUCAAUGCAGCACAAAAUGGCCGAAUCUUUGUGUUCGGUUCAGUGUUACUGAUCUUAUUUUCUAUUUAUUGAAUUACGUUUAGAAACAACGUUAUCAAUUUUAAAAUAUAUAUAUUUUUUGUGUCAAAAAAAAACUACAUAAACAAAGCGUAUGUGUUUUAUUUACAAUUACCAUGGCAAUUUGAAUUGUUUGCGAAGAACGAAAAGUGGUGGCAUUUAAUUCGACUAUAUUUGUUGUUUAAACCGAAACAUAGUCGUAGUAAAGCAUGGCGUCUUUGGUAGCCAAACGUGAAGGACCACAGUUCAUCAGCGAGGUGGCUGUCAGGGGGAAUGCCGGAGUGCUGGAUUACUGCAGGACCUCGGUGUCUGCCUUGUCGGGAGCCACAGCGGGCAUUCUUGGUCUGACUGCAUUGUACGGUUUUGUAUUCUACUUCCUUGCCUCGUUCCUCCUCUCCCUCCUCCUUAUACUCAAAGCUGGUCGAAAGUGGAACAAGUCUUUCAAAUCGAGAAGAUUGCUGUUCACCGGGGGGCUUGUGGGAGGCCUCUUCACUUACGUCCUUUUCUGGACUUUCCUUUAUGGCAUGGUGCACGUGUACUAAUCAUACAGCAUUUAAAUACACAGGCUUCACCAAAUGUAAGGACAGUUGGUCACGUUAAGUUUGGGAUUUUAGUACAUUUUUACUGCCUGUAAUUGCUAGUACAUAAUAUGUUAGGUAUUCCAUGUAGGUUUUACUAAUUAAAACCAAACUUGACAUG